ACGAAGAAACCAGUGGUAUUUCCUCUGUGCUGCGCCCCGUAAAUUUGCUGUUUGUGGCCAGUUUGCUGAGUUGCACAGUGAAGAUGCCAGCUUACCACUCUAAUCUGAUGGACCCCGACACCAAACUGGUGGGGAACAUGGCUUUGCUGCCCCUGAAAACACAGUUUAAAGGUCCCGCUCCCAAAGAGACCAAAGAUCAAGACAUCAUUGACGAGGCCAUCUAUUACUUCAAAGCCAAUGUCUUCUUCAAAAACUAUGAAAUCAAGAAUGAAGCAGACAGGACUUUGAUUUAUGUGACACUCUACAUUUCAGAAUGCCUGAAGAAGCUGCAGAAGUGUAGCUCUAAGGGUCAGGGAGAGAAGGAGAUGUACACCCUGGGCAUCACCAACUUCCCAAUUCCAGGAGAGCCGGGCUUCCCUCUGAACGCCAUGUAUGCCAAGCCUACCAACAAGCAGGAAGAAGAGACGAUGAGAGCCUAUCUACAGCAGAUCCGGCAGGAGACAGGCCUGAGGCUUUGCGACCGUGUUUUUGACUCCCAGACGGAUAAGCCGAGCAAGUGGUGGAUUUGCUUUGUGAAGAAACAGUUCAUGAACAAGAGCCUGUCUGCACCUGGACAGUAGACAGCUACCAGGGAUUUUUGCUGCAAUAUGUACAUUCUUGUCUGUUUGUGCGGAUGUCCUUAAAUGAUUUUUUUAUACUGUGUAUGGAUAUAAUAAAAUGAACACACCUUCAUUGUUUUGAUUAAGCUGGUGCUUAACAAUAAAAAAAGCCCUAAUUUA